AUGAAGUUCUUUGCACUCAGCGCUUUCCUGCUUCUUGUUACUGUGGCAGUCAAGGGAAAUCCCGGAGGACACGGCGGGUUCGGAGGACUCGGUGGCUACGGAGGACCUGAUGGAUUGGGAGGACGCAGUGGCUUCGGAAGACUAGGUGGCUUAGGGGGACGCGGUAGCUUCGGAGGACCCGGUGGCUACGGAGGACCCGGUGGCUACGGCGGAGGCGCAGUAGCCAAUGCCAAUGCUAAUGCAAAGGCAGUUGGAUACGAUCCCAGUAAUUACUACGGAUAA